AUGUCGUCGUCAUCAUCAUCAAUGUCUUCUUCAUCGUUUGCAAAAUGUACUUUGGGACAAGCACAUUGCUUCUGUAAGGUCGAUGCGACAUUGAGAUAUUCAAGUAUUCCAAGAAAUCCAGGACGACCCUUCUUAGGGUGUCCAAAGUACAAUACAGAGGGAUUACCAUAUUGUAAAUUUUUUAAGUGGGCAGAUAGUAAUCAAGAGAUUGAGUUUCAUCUUCAAGAAAGAAACAAUGAUCUGUUAAGGAGGGAGAAGGAGGUCGAGAAGAUGCUGGACGAUGUGGAAAAGAUGAAGACUGAGCUCCGUAAAAGGGUGGAUGAAAUCGAGAAGAGAGAGCUGCUGAAUGCUUAUUGGUUCAGAAAGGUUUGUAAUGUUCUUGGUUUUUCAUUUUUGAAUGCUGAUUGGUGCUUCAGUAAUGCAUUUGGACAGAUUGCUUCAGAAAUAAUCCACUUCUCUAUUUAUUUUAGAAUGCUUUUUGGUUGA